CGUCUUCACCAUCGUCGCCGUCGUCAGCGACGUUCUCCAAGCCCAGUAACACUCUGAUACCCGAACCAUUGAGGUCGUUUGAACCUUCACAGCAAUGGCCAAGAAGAAAGGAGGAGCUGCGAAAAAGCGCCCAGCGACCACGCCGACCCCAGUGGUUCCCAACGGCAGCAGCAGCUCCGCCCCUGCCGAAUCUGGGCCAAGCACACCCCAACCCCCACCCUCACCUAGUCCUGUGACGGCCUCACCAAAACCAGAACCUGAACCUGAAGAGGAGGAUCCUGUAAAACGUGCAGAAAAGGUCAAGGAACAAGGGAACGUUGCCUUCAAAGCCGCAAAAUAUACUGUAGCAGUCGAGCUCUAUACUCAGGCUAUCGAAUUGAACCCUCUAGAACCUUCAUAUCUCACAAAUCGAGCAGCCUCUAACAUGGCUCUGAAGCGUUUUCGGUUAGCAUUAGAAGAUUGCCAGAUGGCGGCGUCACUACAAUCAUCUGCACCCUCGCCCAAAACCCUCCUCCGACUCGCACGAUGCCAACUGGCUCUCGGAUCUUCCACCCCCGCACUGUCGACAAUUGGCACGGUGCUUGCCCUGGAGCCCCAAAAUUCUCAGGCGGUCCAACUUAAGGACAAGGUCAUUGCUCUUGAGGGGCACGUGCGGAACUUUGGCAGCGCGAGGAAGAGGAAGGACUGGGCGAUGGCCCGACUUGCACUAGACAAGUGUUUGCAGUCUAUUGAGGGUGAGGGUGGUGACGUCCCGACGGAGUGGCGGAUUUGGAGGGUCGAGCUCGAGUUGUCGAGAGGGAGUUGGGACGCUGCGAACAUGGCUGCAAACGACGCUCUGCGGUUGAACCCUAAUUCACCCGAUGUCCUGGCUCUUCGAGGACUGGUGCUGUUCCUCACUGGCAGGCUAUCACAAGCGCUGAACCACGUGUUAUCCGCACUCCGUCUUGACCCUGGCCAUGAGCAGGCCCGGAAGUUACGCACUCGUGUCAAAGACGUGGAGCGGCUGAAGGAGGAGGGGAACGUGGCUUUCAAGCAGGGCAAGCUGCAGGAGGCUUACGAUUUGUACUCGGAGACUCUGGAUCGCAUCGGCUCAGUGGAGGAGGAAGGCAAAGGUGGCCAGAUCCGCGCUACCUUGCUGUCAAAUCGAGCUACAACUCUUUUGAAGCUGGAGAGACAUGAAGAGGCCCUGGUUGAUACCGAUGCAUCGCUAUCCAUCUCACCCAACUCCUUCAAAGCGCUUCGUACCAGAGCGCGGAUCAACCUUCACCUCGAGAAGUAUGACGCCUCUGUCGCCGAUUUCAAAUCCGCCAUACAACAAGCCACUACAGAGGGCAGUGCUACCGAGGCUGACAUUCGUGCACUCAAGGUUGAUCUGAAGAAGGCAGAGGCGGCGCUGCAGAGGAGCAAGACGAAGGAUUACUACAAAAUCUUGGGGCUGGCGAGGGAAUGCACGGAGAUUGAGAUCAAGAAAGCUUAUAGGCGGGAGAGCUUGAUACAUCAUCCGGAUAAGGGCGGCGACGAAGAGAAGUUCAAGCUUGUUGUGGAGGCGAACGCUGUGCUCUCUGACCCUCAACGGCGCGAGCGGUACGAUAUGGGCGAAGACGAAGAUGGGAUGAAUGAGGGCGGUGGUAUGGGCGGUAUGGGUGGUAUGAGUCAUAUGGAUCUUGCGGAGCUGUUUUCCCAUUUCCAUGGAGGUCCAGCUGGGUUCAGCGGUUUUCCUGGCCAAGGAUCGCGAGGCCACUCACAUGGAUUCUCUUUCUGAUUGUUACUACCGCUUUUUCAUAGCGUUUUCCCCACUUGGUCUUCCUCGUCGAUUGAGACCUCUUCCCUGGUUGAUGGGAUACCCAACCCUCCCAGAUACGCAGACACUUUCUGUGUACAUAGUCAUCACAAGACGUGUGCGCUUUUUUGCU